AUGGCGUCAGAAGAAGUGAAGCAGAAAAAAUCUGUCACAGUCGAUGAAGCCUUGAAGAAGAAGGAGAAAAAGGAAAAGAAAGAAAAGAAGGAGAGGAAAGAAAAGAAAGAGAAGAAGGAAGAGCAGCAUGAUGCUGUCGGAGAAGACUCGGUCGGAGACGUGUCAAUGGCCGAUGUGUCAACAACGGAAACAGACGUUGAAGUUGAUCCAUCGACGCUCAGUGCCAUUGCUUGUAAUCUUGUAAUUCUUGCAGGAGACAUUUCGCCUGUCGACAUCCUGUCACACAUUCCUGUGCUGUGUGAAGAUACGGGUAAUCCAUACGUAUUUGUUGCGUCAAAAGAUCAACUUGGCAAUGCAUCGAGCACAAAGCGCCCCACAAGCUGUGUUAUGAUCGUGCCUGGUGGCGGCAAGAAAGCCGUCGAGAAAGGCGAAACAAAGGUGAAAGAGGACUAUCAAGAAGACUACUCGUUUCUACACAAGGAGGCUUCCCGAUUGGUUCAACAGGUGCUUAUGGGUUAA